AGCAUUUUCCGUUACGCAUCCGAGCGGCCUCGCACUUUUGGGUAGGUAGGCCGAAUAUUUUCUUGGUCGAGUCUGGCAUACGCCAACCCACCUUUCGAAAAAUAUAUACAUCCCUUCCCCAUUGUUUAGCGUACACUCGAACCGCCGUUCUAACUUCUAAGCAAAACUUUCAAACCAUCAUAUCCUUCCAAAUCUCAACCUCUGUGCCCACAAACUCUGAUGGCGGAGUCCAGACCAGACCCAAUGACACACUCUCUGUUAGAUAAAGAAGUAAAAGCACCAAAUUUGUUUGGAAGAGCGAAGGAAGAGAUUCAAGCAAUUUUGCACUCUGAGAAAUUGCCUCACCAUCAUAAGGAAACCCAUGGCAAGAGAAAUGAAAUAGACGAGAACACCCCAUUAGAUGAUGUUAGAGCUCCAAAUGUGUUUGACAGAGCAAAAGAGGAGCUUGAGGCUCUCGUCCAAACGAUUCAUCACAAGAAAGAUUCUUCAACCCAUGAAAGGGAUGAAACUAUUAAGACAGAGUCUAAACAGGAUAGACCAGAUUCUCUAUCAGAUGAAGAAGUAAAAGGACCAAAUUUGUUUGGAAGAGCAAAAGAAGAGAUUUAUGGCAAGAGAAUUGAAAUAGACGAGAACACCCCAUUAGAUGAUGUUAGAGCUCCAAAUGUGUAUGACAGAGCAAAAGAGGAGUUCGAGGCUCUUGUCCAAACAAUUCAUCCCAAGAAAGAUUCUCCAGCUCAUGAAAGGCAGGCUGAAACAACAAAGAUGGAAUCCAAAAAGGAUGAAGUGGAUUUUCUAUCAGAGAACAAUGUCAAGGGGCGCAAUCUUAUUGAGAGAGCCAAGGAAAAGAUUGAAACGAUCACACACCAUCAUAAAUCAUCACACUAUCGUCAUAAAGAAACUCACGGAACAAGGGAUGAUCUUGAUGAGAGAACCCCAAUUAAUGAUGUGAAAGGUCCAAAUGUUUUUGAAAGGGCAAAAGAAGAAAUUGAAGCCGUUGUUGAAACAAUUCAUUCCAAGAAAGAUCAGGGAAAUUCUGUGUCCUUACAAAAGGAAGGUGGGUUCCAGGCCUUUAUUGGAAGAAUGUUGGAAAAAGUCUGCUCUCCUCGGGGUAGUAAGAAUGAUUAGUUGUGAAUUGUGGUGAACUUCAAUUCUUGCAUGUUUUUCUAGUUGUUCAAUUUCCAAAUACAACCACACAAUAGACAUGGAACCUGUUUAUAAGCUGUUUGACUACUCACUCUGCCAAAUUGACCACAUGGAUGCAUUGUUUGUCUUUUGAUUACUGAAUUUUGCUGCCCCAAGAAUGUAUAUCUGUUGAUAUUUUCCGGGUUUUAUUUGCCAAAUGUUUUAUUAAGUU